AUGCUAUCCCUAUCCCCAUCAACAGUAUCCUCCUCCUCCCUGGAUACGAAGGACGCCGAGUCGGCGAAGACUAUCGGUAGUCCCGAGUCACUCUCACCGGUCGAGGCAGCGAGGGACUGUAAUUCGCACCUGCCAUUCGAAAUCCCGGGUGCUGUGGUGUUGUCUGCCCCCUCUAUUUCUACACUUCGACAAACUGCGAACGACGAGCUUAUCGGUGGAGAUCGAAAUCCUCUUGAGGUUCCCUAUAGAUUAACUCUCGAUACACAGCACCAGCAAGGGGUUAUUCGAAUAAUACCCUCAAAAGCUCAUGAGCGCGUAACACAGUCAUUUUCAAAUAAACUCGUGCUAAAAUUAUUCGAAAUAGGAAUUAAUUCAGACGAUUAUACUAUGAACUCGGCCGCCCGGUACUACGGAAAUUCAUGCGAGAAAGAAGCCGACGAGUCUCUCACUCCGUUAGGAAAUCCUUCUGAAGGAAAUCCUUCUGAAGAUAACGACUGGCCUUCGCUCGUUAUUGAAACUGGUCUUUCUGAAUCAGAGGCACAACUACGAACUGAUGCAUACUGGUGGUUCUCAAAUUCCGGCUACCAAGUCAAUAUGGUUAUACUCUUUCAUAUCCAGAGAUCCCCCGAGCGCAGAGUCACCUUAAAACUCUACCACCUCAGACCUACCAGAAUCACACGUGGACUACAGGCAGAGAUCGAGCACUCUCUGCUAUUUAAUCAUACGACUCCUCAAACAGUCUCCUCAAUAGCGCUACGACCUCACUUAGCAGCCAAAGAGAUUAUCAUUACCUCAAGAAGUGUUGAGAAUGCUCCACUAGAGCUAGAGUUCGAAUCCGUCAUGCGCCGCCCGCCCGCCCCAAACACGAACGAAAGAAAUAUUAUAUUCACUGCUGAGGAUCUUGCUACGUGCUGCCGCUACGCCAUUCAUCCUUAG